UAUGAAUUUCUAAGAAUAGGUCCAUUAGGUCCAUUUUUAAAAAAAAUCACACAUGAAUCAAGGUUGUGACUUCUAUUUUAAUAUAUAAGACUAGAUUCGGACCCGCCCUCAAAGGGCGGGUAUAUAUAUUUAGAAAUUUAAUUUCAUAUUUAUGUUUUUCUUUGAAAUCAUAUUUAUGUUUUUCUUUGUAAUCAUAUAUGUGUAUAAAUCUUGAUCAAAGUCUAUUUUAUAAAAUAAUAGAAAUUUAAAAAAUUGACCCGACAUACACUCGGUUCUUUGUAAUAAUAUGCAUGUAUGCCCGUUUUUUUGUAAUCAUAUGCCCGUAUGCCCGUGCGCUUUUAAAGUGUGGAUUUAUUUCCAAAACAAAUCAAAUUUAUUUGAUAUAUAUUUAUAUUUUUUAUUAUUAUUUAUAUUUAAAUGCUACAAAAAAGUAUUAUAAUUGUGCAGAUUAUAAUAUUUUGACAUUUUGACAGGAAUAAUUUUGAUGAUGAAAUAUGUAAUUUGGUUUUAAUAAAAUCAUGAUAUUUUACAUUUUUAGCAUUUUGAAUUAUUAAUAUAAUUAAUAUUCAUACUCGGAAACCAAUGUGGAGUCUACCCGUAAGUAUGGGUCCCGAAUCCGAUUAAAUCCAACCUAUAUACUCAAAAGUAUUAAUAUAUUGUAUUUAUCUAAAUUUUGCUAAAUUUAAUUUAUAAUAUAAUUUUAGAUCUUUUCGCGAUAUUUUCAUAUUUGAUCUGAAUCGACGAUAAAAAUGGUAAAUCGAGUGAUCUGCAUAUAAUCCAGCUCAGAUUUUGGAUUAAAUUAUAAAAUUUCUAUUUAAAAACUCCAUAAAUCCGGUUAAAAGCCCAACCCGAAAAAACCUAGAUAAAUCUAAUGAUCUUUUAUUUUUUAAUUUAAAUUUAUUUUAAUUUCAUGAUAAUUAUAAUUUGUUUAUUUAAAGGUGAAAUCCUAAUUUGGUAGAUAAAUUAGUCAAAUAAUUUGCAUUUCAUGAAAAUGAAAUAAAAUUCUAAUUGUAUUUGGUAAAUAAAAAAAUAUUUUUAUAUUAACUAUUUCAAUGGUAAAUAAUAUUAUACUACUAUAUUAUAUAUUUUAUUAAAAGGGCAGGUUAGUAAAUAUAAAGCAUAAACUUAGAUUUUAAAUAUUAGUAGUCAUAAUCAUAAGAAUAAAGAUGGGUAUUAAUUCACUGGAUUAACUUAUGUAUAAUGUAUAAGUAAAGUAUUAUUUGUUGGUUAUAACAUAUAUUGUUUGUAACAAAAUGUGUAAAUGUUUUCAAAAAAAUGAUGUAGUUAUUAUGCAGAUUUGAAUCAAACGUAUAUCAAUUGUUUAUUUGUACAUUCUGGUAAACAUGGUAGUUAUGAAUCCUAGAAUAUAGGAAUAAAGGUAAGCAGUUAUAAAAUAUAUUGUUUAAUUUUUGAAUAUAUUGCAUAGGAAAACAAUAAACUAGACAUAACUUUUUAUCAAUUGGUCAUGUUACUGUUUUAAUAGUAUUGAUUUAAAGAAUUUUUAUACCAAAAGAUUGAAACUAGGAUACAAUGAGGGCCAGGUCUCAGAAUAUUAGGUCCUGAAACUCAAUUAUUUGUUUGGUCUCUAAAACCAUAAAAAUUAAAAACGUUAUGGAAAGAAAUUGAAAUGUGUGCCUUUGUCUAAUUCAAAUAAAGGCAUUACCAACCGAACUAUUAACUUAUUUCUGUUUAUAUCCCUAAUAGUUAUAUAAUAUUUCAAUCCCCAAACUUAUGUUUGUUUCUCCUGUACUCAGGUACGACCAUGUGUACAAUGAAACCAACCAUUUUGUAUUACCACUACUAGUUAUUUCUUUGAUUAAUUUUCUUUUAUCAUAAAUCCGUUUAUUUCAUUUUCUUUAGAGUAGAUUUAAUGACUAAAAGCCCUUUUUUUUUUUUUUUGCCAUCUAAAAGUUUUUAUUAAAGAACUAAGCCCAAAUGCCCAAAAGGCAAGCCCACAUACAUAAUCCAAAAAAUCCGAACACAAAGAGACUAAACGAAAUAGGCCUUAAGCCCAACUCACUAAACUGCCAUGCGUCCCGCAAGAACGUAAGGAUGCCCACGUGUCACCCGAUCACAACGUCGUGACCCACGCGUCGUUUCACCACCACCACUUCCAUCAUCUCGAGAUUCAACGCCGGAGCCUCGGAACCACCAACCCACAACGGCGUCACACCAGGAACACCAUUCUCCAUCAUUUUCUCCGACUUAACACACCACCAGACGAAACAAAACACUCGCCACCAGAAUCCACCGGAUCCUCAAUUACAACCGCCGAAAAUCCACCUCCAACAAUUAUAUUGAAGGUAAAGGAGAUUCGGUGGUAAAAUCACACCGCCAAGAGGAUUCGAAGCCAAAACCACAACGCAUACCCCAAGAACUUCACAUCACGACAUGAAGCUCCAACCAUCACGAAAGCCGGCGAAGAAAAACUGUAGAAGCCUCUUCUUCCCAAAAACAAAAUCCGAUGAACAGGAAACUAAACCGGAAACAGAUCCGGCGACCAACAAACAAAACUUUCUCUCUCCUCUGUGUAAGAUUUUAGAGAGGGAACAAAGUUGAGAGAGAAAAGCUUUUUUGACUAAAAGCCAUCACUUACUUAGCUAGGCGAAUAAUAAGUAAUUAAAAAUCAAGAGUAAAUAUUUUACCUUUUUACUUAAUAAUUUUUCUUACGUGGAAUCAUCAGUUAGUUUUAAGAAACUUGCCACAGUUAAAAUAGCACGAAAUCAUAUAAUAUAGUUAUAACUAAAAAUAUGGCGACGAGGACUACAAACACUGCGAACGAAAUGUAUAUAUACGAAUACGAACAUUAUGGCCGUGAGCUUUGACUUAAAAGUUAAAAGUAUCAUGAUUAAUUAUAAUUAAUCAUUACAAUUUGAAUCCUGAAAUCGCAAAAUAUUUGAGAAGAUAGAUCAGAUCAUUAGAAUAUUAAAAAGAUGGUCAGAGGGUAAGCGUGGGGUCAAUACCAUAUGGUUGUCAAUAAUUAAUUAGAAUUUCAGUUUUCGAAAAACUUCCAUUGUUUCUUGUUUGGUGUGUGACAUUCAUGCAAACCAGAAAAAGAAACUUAAACGUGCGGGACGUUAGCGUUUGAAACUGCCACAGCACGCAGCCUCUCACGUGCAGACAAUUAGGGUUUUUCUUUGUAAUGCAAGCAACUACUUUAUGAGUUUAAUUUUAAGAAUCUGCACGGUUCAAUGCACGUUAGUUGUUUAGUGUUAAUGGUCAUGUUGUAAAUUUGGUUUUGUAUAUUGAUAAUUUUUGGCUUAGAAAUAUCUUGCAUGAUACACGAGUUGGGGUUAGAUUUGUAAUAUAUGUUACUUUACACAAAUAUAAGAAACACGAAAAAACAAUGAACUGGUGAUAGUCUACGGGUAAUUUUCUUGCUUGGAUUUGAUUUCUCAUGGUAAUUAAUUAUCACUAUUUAACUAGUUUAGUCUAGGAACUAAAUUAUUAUUAUUUAGCCAGUAUAAAUUUCGGUCCAAAUAAUUUACAUGGUGAACCGUAAUAAAUGACUGGUCCAUCCCCUCACAUUAGUUAAAAAACAUUUUAAAUUUGGGUCAGGCAGUAUGGUACACUUUUUGGCUAAUUCACUUUGUAUCAUAAAAUGUAUUCCUCCCGGAACCGAACAUAUAAUCCCAAGAUUAAAAAUAACAAUCUUGCCCCUCAUUUUUCUUUAUUAUAUUUCUCUAUUACCUUCAUUCCGUUUUUCUUAUUUAUACUAAAUUAUAUUUUUUGUAUCCAAAAUAAAUCUCAAAGUUUAAAAUUUGAAAAAAUAAUAUUUCACAUAUAUUUUGAAAAUAGUUUUAGUUUACUGAUCAUUAACAAAAAAAUAUUUUUACUAAAAAUUUGAAUAGUAAUUGAUUUAUCAAAACUUCACUACGGCUUAAUAGUCCAAAAUAAUACAUUUUGUCGAAAAAUUGUUUAAGAGUUUACGGUUAACAUUUAUAGUCAUUUAUAAGAUGUCAAUUACUUUAAUUUAUCAAAAUUACAUAGUAUUCUCUUGCUUCUAAGAAAUGACUUUGUGGAGUUUCACACAAACUGUUUGGCUAUAAAUAUAUUAUAUUAUUAAGCUUGAAUUAAUUAGAGUUGAUUACACAUUAUGAUAUUGAACCAUAAAAGGUAAACCGUUAACUAAUAGAAUGUGAACUUGUAAUGAACAUAAGUAGACAAGUCUAAAACUUGGUAUCGAAGGGGGUUCUUGCGAAUAAAGAGUCCACAUCAUGUGUUGCUAGUUGCGGACAUAAAACAACACAGAAGUGGAGGAGCAACAAAAGAUGCAAUAUAGCCCAUAGAAUCUGUCCGGUCAAUUGAACAAAGUGUUGCCAAAUUAUUCUUUUUUCUUCUUUUGUGUACUCUCUUUUUUCGUUUCUUAUUAGAUAUUAUUGAGUUAUGCCUAGAUUUUCAAAAGUUUACAUAAGUGUACACACAUGAUAUCAAUUAAUAUCUAGCGCGAAAUGAAAAAUAGUUUGCUCUUUUCUUUUAUAUGAUAAAACAUUCGUUUGCUACUACUAUAUAUCAGUUGCUUAUAUGUCGAGAGUUUCUAAACUACGAUAUAAUCACAAAACUGUUGAUUUGUAAUUCAAAUAUUAGUGUUACCACAUAAUGUGUGUUUGAUUUUUUUUAUUAAAGAGCUUAUAGCCAUGAUAACUCUAGCAGAACCUUUUUCUUGGCAACAAGGGUGAAAUAAAUCUAAGAGCAUGUUUGAGCACAUAUUCCUCUAAUUUAUGUAACCAUGUCUAGAUCUUAUAAAAUUUUACAUGUGAAAUGUGGACGGAAAAUUAAGAAAUAAGAGAUAGAGGAGAACUUAUAGAAAGUUAUAAAGUGUAGGGUUGUCAAAGCUAAUAAAAAAAAAGCUUCCGCGUUUCAAUAAAUCUCAAACGUGAAAUCUCACAACCCCAAACUCGGUGCGCUCGUAAAGUUGACCCAGUGAUGAACCGAUUGAGGGUGGACCCCACAACUCGGCCUAUAUCUACAUCCACUAUCCGCAAAUCCUCACCGUCCAUUUCCAACACGUUAUAUUUUUAAACUCAGAUUAAUAGCUGUAAUGUAACCAGUAUAACGCGCCGAAAGAAUUCUUUUGACCAACGACCAACACUAGACGAUAAAUAAAACGAAUUUUCUACAUUUAUAAUAAAUCAUGCUUAAUUAUGACUUUAGUUAAUAUAUUUCCUGAAUAAGAAUAUAUAUUUUCAACUUUAGAGUGCGCUAAAAUUAUAUUCUAAUUUUGUAGUAUAGUUUUUUUAUAAUAGCAUAAAGAGAGAAAAAUUAUUCGAUGUACGUUUAAAGGAAAAGCUAUACGAUUUAUUCAUUAUAAUAUUGUAAAAAGAUAUUUAAAUAUAAACACGCCCGUCAAAAAAGGAAAAGUUGACGUCAGCAAAGUUUGACUCUUUUUCUCUUUCAUCUUUUAAACCAAACCCCACGCACUCUCUCUCUCAAACAUAAACACAGUUCUUCUCUCUCUCUCUCUCUCUGACGGAAUCCCACACGCUUUAUCUGGAGCAAAACGGAAAAUCAACAAAAAAAAAAAAUGAGGAAAGACGAUCUAUACAUCACCGUACCAAGCUUCUUCCGAUGUCCUAUAUCCUUAGACGUCAUGAAAUCUCCGGUGAGUCUUUGCACCGGCGUGACCUACGACCGCGCUAGCAUCCAACGGUGGCUCGACGGCGGGAACAACACGUGUCCGGCGACGAUGCAGAUUCUUCAGAACAAGGAUUUCAUACCUAACCGGACUCUUCAGCGUCUCAUUGAGAUUUGGUCAGACUCUGUUCGCCGGCGCGCUAGUGUCGAACCGUCGGAGUUAGCUGCUCCGACGAGAGACGAGAUCGCCGAUGCGAUCGAUAGAGUGAAGGUGGAGAAGGAAGAGAGGUUUGACCGCGAGGUUUUGGCGAAGAUUCUCCGGUUCGCUAGAGAGUCCGACGAUAACAGAGGGUUCCUCGCCGGGAAAGAUGAUUUCGUGAGACUUCUCGUGGAUCUCAUGAGCCAGGUAGAUUUCAAAACCACCUCCGCUGCUAAAUUGCUCAUUGUUCAAGAGGCGGUGAAGAUUCUGAGCAUGAUUCGAUCCAAAAUCUCUGAUCGGCGACGGUUUUCGAAUCUGGUUUUAAAUAACGGUCGAGAUCGGUUAUCGACGAUCGUCUAUUUUUUCAAAACCGGGAAUGUUGAAUUGAAGAUUGAUUGCGCCGGUUUACUUGAAUUCAUCGCGGUCGACUCCGAGUCAAAGGUGUUAAUCGCUGAGAGAGACGGUUUAGUAGUCGAGCUAAUGAAAUCAAUUAGCAGAGACUCCGAUUCGAGCUUAAUCGAAGCAACGUUAUCAUGCUUGAUCGCGAUCAGCUCGCCGAGACGCGUGAAGCUGAAUCUAAUCCGAGAGAAGCUCAUCAAGGAUCUCACGAAGCUGUUAACGGAUCCAACGACGUCGAGCGUUUCGGUGACGGAGAAAUCUUUGAAGCUUCUCGAGAGUUUAGCAUCCACAAAGGAAGGCAGAUCGGAAAUCUGCGGCGGAGACGGAGAGUGUUUGAAGACGGUGGUUAAGAAGCUGAUGAAAGUAUCGACGGCGGCGACGGAGCACGCCGUGACGGUGCUUUGGAGCGUCUCUUAUCUUUUCAAAGAAGAGAAGGCGCUUGAAGCGGUUACGAGUACUAACGGCGUUACGAAGAUUCUGUUACUGUUACAGAGCAAUUGCUCUCCCGCCGUGAGGCGGAUGUUAACGGAUCUUCUUAAGGUCUUCAAGGUGAAUUCAAGAUCUUGCCUUUCGGCUUACGACACCAAAACGACACACAUCAUGCCGUUUUAAUUCAAUUCGUUUUACUCACUAGGGUUCAUAGAAUUUGAUUUUGUGAGGAUACAUUAUUGAGGGAGAGAGUGGAAAAAAGCAUCAAACUGUAAACAUUUUGAAUUUUUGAAUAGUGAAUAUAAACUCAAAAAAAAAAGAUUCAAUUCAUUGCUCAUCGAAUGGGUAGUCAAUAAUUCUCUUAUUAAUGUAAAGUAAAAUCAAAUUAUUAUGUUCUUGCAUU